UGAAGACGAUUGCGCGCACUUCAAAAGGAGCGUAACUAUUCGUCCCAACUGCUGUUCGUUUGUCUAUAUUAGUAAAUUUAUAUGGUAUAAUUUCAUUCCGACUUUCAUCUCUCUUUCUAAAACGCUUGAAAUAUGCUUAUUUCUCAUGUUGAGACAGGUUUGCAUAUCAUAUGUGCACAAUCUACAAACUCUGAGACAUAAUUGACCAAUUUUGAAUAAAAUUUGAGACACGCUGCAAGAACCUAAUUUUAUUUCAGAUCUGCACUUUUCUCUCGAAUUAAGCAAAUAUUUUGUUGGUUAUGAGGGUUAUCAGUUGCAUUUCUUGCACAGGUCUAGGUGUUUCUGGUAAAAUUAUCCUUGGACUUACCCAAGAUCUUCAGACUAGGAAAUUUCUUUUGAAUCUCUUUAGUGCUUCAAUUUUUACCUAUUUUGGGGUCUCCAUAGUUCUCCAGGGUCACGAACAUCUUUCACAAAGUAUUUUCGACAUUGUCACUACCUUUGGCAAAAUACUGUGAUUCUGCCACAUUAAUCCUCCAAAUUUUUUGUGUAAUGGGUACUUUCUCUUUAGAUUUCAACAUAAUAGAAUUAAACUAUACACGUCACGACCCAUAAUUUUCACUGAAAUUCGAUCUCAUACUCAGUACCUUCGUGACAACGUCGUGUUUGCUUUGUUGUCUUUGUACUCUCUUUUCGUUUUUUAUCUACGGUUCUAGGUCUGUUAAUGAUAUUUACCUGGAGGGGCUUGGUUCUGCCACUUGAUUACACUGGGUUCGGUUAGUUGCGUAGUUAUCCUUGGGUUUAUGCAUCCUGUAAUCUGAGUGCGUUUGUCUGAGGCUGAUAGGGUCUGAAACCAGCAGUCAUCACAUUACUAGGAUUUGCUUAAUUGUAGUGUGCAAAGCAUUGAAAGGGGAACUUUUUCCGGAAGAAGAAAAGGAGAAAGAUAAUCCGAAGCAGUAAUUAAACAAAUUAUUGACAACAACAUGAACAAACAGAAGUGUAAAUACAACAUGUAAAUAUGGUAAGGUAUGAGAUUGGGAUAGGCUGGUUUAUUUCUGCCAUCAGCCUAUAACAUGUGGUAGUAAUAAUGGCAAAUAAGUUAGACAUGUCUUGGGUACACCUAUUCCGAGUGGGGACUAGUAAUCCAUGAGUGUGCACGUGGUUGUAAACACUCUUGAAACUAUCAGUCGAGGAGGCUGUAGUCACCUCGGCUAGGAGAGCACUGCAAAUGAAUUCAACCCUUAAUGAGGAAGAGUAAUUUCCUGUUUGAUUUUUGUUUUCUUUGGUAUGCAGUUUUUCGGUGGUUGCCUCGCGGACCGUGGUGGUGAGGUUUUGGUAGUAUGCUUAUGUUGAUGUUGCUUGGCAUAUUUACUAUUCCUUAUUCCAUUAUCAGGUCACCUCUUGUCUUCCUGCAGCUCAACGAGAAUAAUUCAACGUAUUGAAGUCUACCUUCGUAGGAUUCGCUCCUCAACCCUACCACCCACUUUGUUGCCCCUUCUCUUCAUUUAUUCGAAUAGACAUCUUUUACAGAGUGAGAAUGCACUGACGUAACAAACUCCGAGCUUAAGUCUUGUGGAUGUUUUAUAGUGCUAGAAAUAAUUUUGGGGUGAUAGCACCAAGCCGUCUUCGUAAAAAAUGAAGAGUUGCAUUUGCUCUGACUCCAUCCCCAGUGUGGUUCGUGUUAGUGUUCAAGCAAACCUAAGUAAUGUGAUACACAGUCAAAUAGGUUGGAUCGCGUAAAUCCUCCCUUUACUCAUCUGAUCAUGAUGUUAUAACUAGGCGUCCACUUAUUUCGUUUUCUCCUUGUUAGUUUUAAAUCUUUGCUCGUUUCCAUUUCAUCACUUUUAUAGCUUUUUUGGCAUCUUGAUCCAGUGAACUGUUAUGUGACGUCCUACGUUUUUGUAUUUCAUUUCAGUUUUACAUUGUUAUUGGCUAUUCACAUUCCUCCAAGUGGUUAGUAACUGUUUAUAAUGGGCAAAAAACAGCAUCAGAAAGAUAAACUUUAUAUUACAUGUACAGAGUGGAGUACAUUGUAUGGUGGAAAACGUGCUACUGAGAGUGGUAGACAGUUUAAACGUCUUCCAUUUCACUGCUGCAGCAUCUCCUUUCAACCCUUUUUAAACCCAUAUUGUACAAAAGAGGGAAUAAUUUUCGACUUAGAGAAUAUUUUACCUUUUUUGAAAAAGUAUGGUAUUAAUCCUGUUACUGGGUUGAAAAUGAAAAUGAGUGAAUUAAUUAAGUUAAAUUUUCAUCGAAAUUCUGAUGGGAAAUUUCAUUGCCCUGUAACAUUCAAAGUAUUUAAUGAAAAUACACACAUUGUUGCAAUUAAGCCAACGGGAAAUGUAUACUCUUUUGAUGCUGUUCAACGUUUGAAUUUAAAGGCGAAUAAUUUUCUUGACUUACUCAAUUCUGAAUCAUUUACAAAAGAUGAUGUCAUCACAAUACAAGAUCCUACACAACUGGAAAAGUUUAAUAUUUCCGCUUUUUAUCAUGUGAAAAAUAAAGAAGAACAGCAAAAUGAAGGCAAUGUAGUAGUUAUACGUUCGUUAAAUCAAGAAACCAAAGAAACUUUAGCUGAACUGCCGAAAGAAAUCUCAGUACCAGACUAUAUGUAUUCAACUAGGAAAACUUCACUAGACACAGGAAAAAAGCGUGACGUUUUUAAUACAGCUACUUAUUCAACUGGUCGAGCAGCGGCUUCACUUACGUCAACUGUUAUGGAACCAGUAACAAAAAUUGAACCGGCAAUUCUCGAAGAUGAUGUAGUCCGAUACAAAUAUGUGAAAAAGAAAGGCUACGUCAGUUUGGUUACAUCACACGGAAAGUUAAACCUUGAGUUGCAUUGCGAUUUGGUCCCCAAAACGUGUGAAAAUUUUCUACGUCAUUGUUCUACAGGUUACUAUAAUGAUACAAGUUUUCAUAGACUAAUUCGCUACUUCAUUGUUCAGGGAGGUGAUCCAACUGGCACUGGGUUUGGUGGUGAUUCAGCAUGGGGUGGAUCUUUUGCAGACGAGUUCGUUCCUAAUUUAAGUCAUGAUACACGUGGUGUUGUAUCUAUGGCUAAUUCUGGACCGAAUACUAAUCGAUCUCAGUUCUUUAUUACUUUCCGAAAGUGCAAGCAUUUGGAUCGUAAGCAUACUGUAUUCGGCAAGGUUGUUGGAGGUUUAGAUUUCUUGGGAAAAAUUGAAAUGAUGGAAACCGAUAAAGACGAUCGACCUUUGGAAGAUAUACAAAUCAUAAAUUGUGAAGUUUACGUCGAUCCAUUCAAGGAUGUUGAUGAAAUGUUAAGUAAAGAACGUGCUAAUUACAGUGAAGAAAUAAACAUCGAUAACGCUGAUAAAAACGUACAUCCGAAGCCAGGUAAUCGCCGGGAGGAGGAAGCUCUGGAAGCUGCUGAACGUGCUAAACGCAACAAACAAGAUGGAAUUGCAAAACAAGUGUAUCGAACAGGUGUUGGUAAAUUUAUUCAUGAUGUAGAUCAAUUUGACACUAAAGCUAUCACCAAUAAGCACGGUAAAGAUAUUGAUUCUAGUCUACAGAUGAAUGAAGAUGUUUUACGUAAGAAGCAGAAACUUUUAUUAAAGUCACAGUUAACUGACUUCUCUUCAUGGUGAUAUUAUUUUUCGACGGAUUUUUGUAUAUUAUCAAAGAUAUUUUUUCCUUACCAA